AUGUCGUGGCAACAGCAGUCUCAAGUUGAUGAUAUGGUAUCGUCUUUAAACGGCCGUAACAUCCAAAAUACGUCACGCUUAACGAAAAAACAGUCUUCCGAAAGUGUUGUAACGAGUGAAGGUAAUUUCUGGUUUGUAAUCAUUGAUUUGGCUAUUGGUUGCUCUCUUGAAAAUGCCAUAGAUGUCAAUAGUACAGAUGUGCUUUCUCAGUUUCAGCAACAUUCCGAUUCUACCGCAAGCAAUGGAAGCACCCACUCGUUAUGUCGCGACUCAAAUACACCUGGUUCAACUUUUACGGCUUCGUGCAGCUACAUGCAUCGCCAAACGAACAGUAUUGAACGUUAUUCAGCAAACAUGAAUAAUUCUGUCUCCAGUCCUCAGAUGUUCCCAAGUUUUUCAGCCACAUCUUUUAUACCUAUGACUGCACCUCUCCAUUCUGGUCCUGUUGGAACAAUUCCUCCACCACUAUCUUCGGCCCCUAAUCCUUCAGUCUCAGAUAUUACUUCAAAUCUAAAACCUACUUCUGCGCAUCAGCUACUUACACCUUUCACUCCACCUAUAACAAACGAUUUGUAUAAAAGUGACCCAAGAAACGAAACCAGCGUGCACCAUAGUUAUCAGGUACUCAACAAAAGCGCACCCUCAUCGCAAACGCAGUGUCAUUAUCAAAUGAACGGAAAUGGUCCUAGUGGGUUGUGUAACUUGCAACACGAUUUUUCUCGAAUGAAUUUCGCAGUGCAGUCGACUAGGUUCAUCGAUUUGGUGCUUGAAAGGAAUUUAAUGAAGUAUGAGAAUGAAGAUGAGAAGAUUACUCUUCCACCAACAGUUUGCAAUCCUGGUGCUCGCUGCAAUUCGAGCAUAUUUCGUUGCACUUUAAACUCAGUACCUCAAACUCCGGAGCUGUUGAAGAAGUCACGUUUACCAUUUGGACUUACAUUACAGCCAUUUAGAGACAUGAAGAGUUUAAAUAUCAUUCAAACAUCAACUAUUGUACGCUGUCGUUAUUGUCGUGCUUACAUUAAUCCUUAUGUCUGUUUACCAGAUACUCGUCACUGGAAGUGCAAUAUUUGUUAUCGUGUUAAUGAUUUACCUGAUGAUUUCAACUGGGAUCCUGCAACAAAGUCUUUCGGCGAACCGACUCGUCGUCCAGAAAUACGGAAUGCAACUGUAGAAUUUAUUGCUCCUUCGGAAUAUACGUUGCGCCCGCCACAACCAGCUGUUUACGUAUUUAUAAUGGACGUCAGUCAGAAUGCAAUCGAAACAGGCUAUCUUUAUACAUUUACCGAACAACUUUUGAUUGCUCUGGAGCAGUUACCUGGUGAUGAUCGUACUAUGCUUUGUUUUAUUGGUGUGGAUUCAGCUAUUCACUUUUUUCAGUUUUAUGGAGAAUCAUUUCCUCAUCAUCUUAUUGUUGACGAUUAUGCUGAUAUUUUUCUCCCGGUCAGCUGCGGUCUAUUGGUUAACCUCAGGCAAAAUCUUGAUGUAGUGCGAUCUUUUGUGCAAAGCUUACCAACACUCUAUGAAUCAAAUUCUUCAACCUCGUGUUGCUUGGGGGCGGCACUGAAUGCUGCACAUGAAUUGAUUGCUGAUAUUGGUGGGAGGAUCACUGUGUUUUUAACAAGAAUUCCUGAUUUGGGACAAGGUGCUCUGAAAAGUCGAGAAGAUCCAAAUCAACGAGCUGCUUCUGAAGUACCAAAUUUAUGCCCAGCAAAUGAUUAUUAUAAACGUUUGGCUCUUGAAUGUACUGGGCAUCAAAUUGGUGUUGAUUUGUUCUUGUUAAGUAGUCACUAUGCUGAUUUGUCUACUUUAGCUGACGUAUCUAAGUUUAGCUCGGGAUGCAUCUAUUAUUUUCCAAAUUAUCAUAUAAAUCGUAAUCCUGUAGAAGUUAAGCGAUUUCAAAAGCAGUUUAAUCGUUAUUUGAUUCGCAAAAUUGGAUUUGAAGCAGUUUUGAGGAUUCGGUGUACGAAAGGAUUAUCCCUGCACACUUUCUACGGAAAUUUCUUCGUUCGUUCCACUGAUUUAUUAGCAGUUGCUAAUGUAAGUCCCGACUCUGCUAUUGGUGUGCAAGUGCAAAUGGAAGAAAAUCUUGUCGGUGUGAAUACGGUGUGUUUUCAAGCUGCCGUUUUGUACACUUCCAGUAAAGGUGAUCGUCGAAUACGAAUUCAUACACUUUCGUUGCCGCUGACCAAAGACUUGUCCACGCUUUUCAACCAUUUUGAUGUUAGAUGUGCAAUAUCUCUUGUGUCAAGGAUGGCAGUAGAACGCACCCUUACGGGUUCAAGUUUGGCAGAUUCUCGUGAGGCAAUGGUAAAUGCUGUUGUUGAUAUAUUUUGUGCGUAUAAUUAUUCAAUUUCUCAAGGGAACCACAUUAAUUCAGUGUUUUCUCCAACUACUUCUAUACGCUUCUUUCCACUUUAUGUAUUGGGAAUGCUCAAGCAUCGAGCUUUCACUGCUGGACAGUCUGUGAAGCUAGACAAUCGAGUGGCUGCUCUUCUUCUUUUUCGCAGUGCACCUUUGGAAGUAAUCGAUUUAGAGCUGUAUCCUGCCUUAUAUGAGCUGAAUCAUUUUAUUGAGAAUGAGACUGACCCGCCAAGAUUACAUCUUUCUUUCGCAAAUGUUAACCGAAACGGUGUUUAUUUAUUGGAUACUGGCUCGUAUGUUUACGUAUAUAUAUCGUUCAGCGUGGAAUCUAAUAUCAUAAAGUGUCUGUUUGAUGUAGAUGCUUUUGCAGAAAUUGAUGAGGAGAAGUCAUUUGAAGUUCUCGACAAUCCAUUCAGCGACAGAGUGCAUAGUUUCUUGCGAAAGCUUUCCAUUUAUCGAACUGUGUUUGCUCCAGUGAUAAUUAUCCGAGAAGAUAGCUCUUUACGGGACUUAUUUUGUCAACGUUUAAUUGAGGAUCGUACGGAAUCAUCCCACAGUUAUUCGGAAUUUCUGAAUCAUAUCCAACUAGAAAUGCAGAAAUACUAA